AUGGGUCAGGACCCCUUGAUGAGGAAAGUUACGGAGGUUCAUGAGGAUUUGCAUGUUUGGGAUCAGGAAGUUCUGAAGAGACCGGUCCAGAGAAUAAAGAAAUUAAAGAGGGAGUUGGAGCAUCUGAGGCGUGGUCCUAUUUCUGAGGAAUCGACUGCAGCUCAAAAGGAGAUUCUGCUCCGCAUAGAGUUACUCCUGGAGCAGGAGGAAUUGGAAUGGGUCCAAAGGGCAAGAGCAAACUGGCUUAAGCAUGGGGACCGCAAUACUAAGUUCUUUCAUCAGUUUGCUUCAGCUCGCAGAACAAAAAAUAUGAUCAAGGGGUUAGUGGAUGAUCAAGGAGUGAAACAUGAGGAUUUGGGGACGAUGAAGGAUAUUGUACGAGAUUUCUAUACAAAUCUGUUCACAUCAGAAGUGCAGGUAGUGGACCAGGAAGUAUUGACAGAUGUAGACCGUAGAGUUACUCCCAACAUGAACCAACUUUUAUUAGCUCCCUUCUCUAGGGAGGAGGUGAAAAAAGCUCUAUCCAGCAUUGGUGAUCUUAAAGCCCCACGUCCUGAUGGGCUACAUGCUAUCUUCUUUAAACGAUUCUGGCAAUUAUUGGAAGAUGAAUUGAUAAAUGAAGUUCUAUAUGCAAUCAAUAAUUCAGUUAUACCAGAAAGGGUGGAAUGA